AUUUCCGUCUAGACUGUUCGUGCAUGUUUCACGCUAAAUAAGAUUGAUUAAUCACUUUUAUCGCUUAUGUGAACACUUGUUAUGUGAUUUUUAAUUUUGUAUUGCGCACGAAAAGACGUGAAAUAACGGAUUUUUCUGUAUUCGAGUGACUACCAGUGAUAACGCGACCGGCAGUGAUUCGUUUGUUCCGUCGUCGAGAAUAAUGGCCGACACGGAAGGCAAGAGGUUGACCGAACUCCGUGUCAUUGAUCUUAAAACCGAGCUAGAGAGACGUGGUCUCGACAAAACUGGAAACAAAGCUGCACUUCUCGAAAGGCUUUCCAAGGUAAUUUCAGAGGAAGGUCACAAUCCGGAGGAGUUUCUUAUAGUCCCAUAUGUUGGCCCGAAAGUAACCCCAAGAAAAAACAGUGUUACCGGAUUACCAAACCCAGACGAUUCCAUGGAUACCUCGGACAUGCAAAAAGAUGAAAAUUCUGAAGGGCAGGAGGCUGGUGAAGAAAAUGCCGCUUCUGAACCUGUUGAAGAAGUGGCAGAACAAGAAGUAGAGGAGGAGUCUAAGGACGAGGAAAAGGAAGAGAAAAUGGAAGGUGCGGAGGAAAAGGAAGAAAAGGCAGAUCACGAUGAUUCAAAGGAGGAGGAAGAGGAGGUGGAGGAGGCCAGCAAAGAAACGGAAGUAAAAGCGGAGGAACCGAAAGAAAAGGACAUUGAGAAAACCAAAGUCCAGGAGGUGGAGAAGGAAAAGAAGGAAGUCCCGGCUGUGAAAGAAACUCCUCAGAAUGUCGAAGUUUCUGCAGCAGCUAUUGAAACGAACGGAAUCGAUAAUGAGGACUCGAUAAAUUUAACCAUCGGCGAAGACGAGGAAAAUCUCCUUGCCGAGGAGGAGGCACAAGACAGGCAGAAGGAUGGAGGUGAGAAGAAGAGAGCUCAAGAUAGCAAGAAGGGAGACUCUAAAGGGAGCGGUAGAGCAGAAAGCAGCGCCAGCAACAACAAGGACGGGACAUCCGGAGCUAGCAUCGGGACCAAGAGCAAGGACGCCGGAGAAGGAGGCAAGAGCGGAGAUUCCAACAGCAAGGGACAAAAGAGAGAUGACAAAGAUAAAAAGUCAUCGCAAAAUUCAUCUAAUGCGAGUAGCCGAAAUCUCUGGGUAUCGGGCUUGUCCUCGACGACUCGUGCCACCGAUUUGAAACAGAUUUUUUCCAAAUAUGGAAAAGUGAUAGGAGCCAAAGUUGUUACAAAUGCGAGAACUCCAGGGGCUCGGUGUUACGGUUACGUGACGAUGUCGACGAGUGACGAUGCUUCAAAGUGCAUCAGUCAUUUGCAUAGGACAGAACUCCAUGGAAGAUUUAUUUCCGUUGAGAAAGCGAAGGGCGAUUCUCAACAGAGUCAUAUGAGGAAGCGAGAUUCAAAUGGCGGAAAAUCUGAGAAACCAAAGGACGAGAAAGAAAAACCCAAAGAUAAUCAUCACGAAUCAGUCGAGAAGAAGGAGAGUGUGGAAAAGAAGAAGGAAUCGGAAGAAAAGGAAAAAGACCCGGAUGCUAAAGAGCCCGAAGAAAAGACAGAAGAAGUCGAAGAGAAGAAGUCUGAGAAAGAAGUUGAGAAGAAAGAGGACAAGGAUAAGGACGCGGAUGCUCGGUCUACAAAAUCAACGAGCAAGAAACCAGAGAGCGAAAGAGGAAAACGCGACGAGAAGAGGGUGCGAUCUUUUGAUCGUCAUCGAACUCACAGUCGCUCUCGCAGUCGAGAACGUCGUCGGCGCGAUGAUGUCUUGACUUUUGCCAAAAUUAGGGAGGAACGUGAUAGGCAGAGACUGCGUGAGCGAGAACGACUUGUUCGCGAAGAGGAGCGUAGACGUCGUGAAGACAUGGAAAGACAGCGUGAGGUGGAGCGUAGACAGAGAGAAGAGGCCUCUCGGCUCGAGAGAGAGCGCGAGAAAUUGCGACGGGAGCGCGAGCGAAUUGAGCAGGAGAAGGCGGAACUGUUGCGUUUGGAGCGUGAGCGUCAAAAGCUGGAGAGGGAGAAAUUGGAACGCGAGCGACUUGAAUUGAAGCGACAGCAGUUGCGCUUGGAGGAGAGUCGUCGAGUGCCGCCGCCUCCUUCCAUCAAAAGAACGUCGAGCGAUCGACGCGAUCCUCGCGAUUUGUAUGUUGAACCAGACCGGAAACGCUUGACCACAGAGCAUGCGAGACGACACAGUCCGGAACGAGUGCCGGACAGGCGUACGGAUAUUUUGGAACGUGUUUCCGACAGACGAAUGGAUCCUUCUCCACCCACCAGAUACGAUGCCAGCAGAUCAGCCCAAGAUUUGGGACUGAAGAAGGAUUUCAAAAGAGGCAGUGAAUUUUCUUCUCGUGGCAGUCGACCAGAAGCUUUUACUGAUGUUUCUCGCGGAAGGGAAGUAAUUGUUCGUCGCGAACCUUUACCAACUCAAACCCCAACAAUUGACCCUCGCCAAGUUAAAGACAGGUACGAGCGACCAAGUGCAACGUCAUAUGGCCGCGACCGGGACGUGCGCCGAUCAGAGCCCGAUUCACACAGAAGUUCCCGCGACACUCACGGAGGUCGCUACGACAGUUCGAAAGCUCCAGGGUCCAAUGCGCCUCGUGAUAGUCGAUACGUGGAUAACAAUCGUGGUCCAGGUGGAUGGCACUCGGGACCACCUGCAAAAUCUUUUAAUUCUGCGCCGAGUGGAGGUGCUCGUGAUCCGCGUAAUGAAACUUCCGGUUGGAGCGGGCGAUCCUCAGAUAAUGUUAACAGGUGGGGUAACUCAAACAGUAUGGGAAACACCCUGAGGCACCCUGGACCACCAAUGUACCAAGGAGGUCCCAUGCCGUCAAUGGGAAUGUCGGGACCAGGAGGAGCUCCAGCCUCCUAUGAUCGAUUUGACCCCUACAAAGGAUCCAUGCCAAUGCGAAAAUACUGAGUGAACUCGGAUUCAAAUGCAUCCUCCAAUCGAAGAAGUAACACAGAUAUGCCAGUCAUUAUUUCGUGCAUUAAAAGUGUAUUUAAUUAUAAGAACUGCAAAACACGGUUAGCCCUCGAUGACACUUGUCAUCGAAGUUUUAUUUCAUAGCAUCUCAGAACUCUGCCAAAUUUUACGAGAAACCUCCAGCGAUUGCAUUUAAAUCGCUAAUUAUAGAAUUUCAAAAAAGAAAAAAGAAAAAGAAGAAAAAAAAUCGCAAUUAUAAUAACUAUAAUUUAGUCGCGAUUUCAAUUAAGUAUGAAUGUCAAUCCACAAAUCGUCAGUAAAUCUAAAUAGCGAUUACAAUUCAACAAACGGCUAUGACCCACCAACUUAAAAAAACAAAAAAAUCGCGCAUGCCAAUUGAGCGAUACCAUUUUUCCAAUCGUACCCAACCUACGAUUCCGAGCAAUUAAAAGAGAGAUAAUUCUCUCACUUAUUUCAAGGCUCCCGUCACUCUCCCCGUACGGUCUCGCACGCGUCUGUGGCUGACCAAUUGAAAAGAGGCCCCGAAGAGUGGGGAGCCAAUGAACGGCGCUUGAGAAAAAUAACCUGACAACACGCGGCAUAGGUGGGGGACCCACCAGACUUGGAAUAUCCGAAUUCUUUCACGUUUUUUUUCGGUCCUUGGAAUAACUGAGAGUUUACACUACUGGUAUGAUCGAGUUUCUCGAAUAAUGACACACUGAUCAAACUCUCCCCUCUUUUUUUUUUUUUUUUUUUUAAUACGAAUUCUGCCCUUGAGCAGGAAUUUACACAAUGUAGCUUUUCCUUCGGACUCGAGUGUUCACUACAAGAUUUUAAGAAACUGACAAUUCUCUAGAUUUUGUACAAUGGACAAGGAAGAAAGAAAAGCACCAAGAAAAAUUUGGAUAUUAAUUGUUCUUUAAUGCUGCUGCAGUUUAGUUUGUUGCGUUUUGUAAACCGUUCUUUUUUUUACGUUACGGUAGUUUUGAAGUUUGAUUUUUCGAGCUUCACUGACCAAUUGGCGCACGAGUUCGACUCACACUUCUGUUUUAGGAUCAAGUAGAAUCGACGAUAUUGUACUAUAUUAUAUAUUAUUGAAGCAAAUCUGCAGCAGAGAAAUUUAAAUGUAUAUCUGAUUUCUGCUAGCGGUACUACCUUGUAUACACGACGUCGUGAGGUAAAGAGUAUAUCUUGAAUAAACCUAGGAUAACAGCAA